AUGGUGGCUGUGUUUAUAGCCAAAGCCAGUCAUGUGGCUACCAUACCGCUCAUACAGCAAAGCACAAUCACUGAAGACUGACUGCUGUACGCCCCCCACGUCAGACUUGAGUACGGUAGUGCCGCGACGUACACCUGUACAGCCGGUGAACUGGAUAAGUUGGAGCGUGUACAGCGUGCUUCCACUAGACUCGUUGAACUACGCGGGACCAACUAUAAAGGUCGUUUACAGGCAUCGGCGCUUCAGGGGAGAUCUCAUCAGCGUGAGGAAGAUCCUCAGAGGUUCCUGGAGUCGACGGAUUCACCUAUUGAUGAUGACGGUGAUAAUUUGGGUGAUUCAGAUGAUGGUGGUGAUGAUCAUUUGAAUUAUGCUGCUUCUGCUUCUGCUGCUACUGAUGCUUCUGAUGCUGCUGCUGCUGCUGCUGCUGACGAUGAUGAAAACCAACAUGGUCGAAAUAGCUUAGAUUUAGAACACAGUCAGUUAAAAGUGUCCACGUAUGAUGAUUAUUUCUCUACUUUUAGCUAUGCACUGCUUUGA